GGCAAACUGAGUUGGAAAAUGUUGUUUGCUUUAAUGAAAUGAUUUACUCUUGUGCAACAUUAAGUUGUGUCAAUUAAGCAAAUAAAGGAAGAAAGUCUUAUAAAAUUGCUUCUUCCUGAUUUCAUUUUAUUUCAUCUCAGUCUCCAAGACAGGAGAAAAAUGAACUUUUUGCUGCUUGGUACUUUUCUAUUUUUGUAUACUCCCCUAGCCUGGACAAGAGAUAGACAUUAUUACAUUGGAAUUAUUGAAGCAGUUUGGAACUAUGCUUCUGACGAUGGAGAAAAGAAACUUAUUUCAGUUGACACGGAACAGUCCAAUCUGUAUCUUCAAAAUGGCCCAGAUCGUAUUGGAAGAACAUACAAGAAGGCCCUUUAUGUUCAGUACACAGAUGACACCUUUACCAAGACUAUAGACAAACCAGUCUGGCUAGGGUUUCUAGGCCCUAUUAUCAAAGCUGAAGUUGGAGAUAAAGUUUAUGUUCUUUUAAAGAACUUUGCCUCUAGGCCCUACACUUUUCAUGCACAUGGGGUAACUUACUACAAGGAGAAUGAGGGGGCUGUCUACCCUGACAAUACCACAGAUUUUCAAAAAGCAGAUGACAAAGUAUUUCCUGGAGAACAAUAUUUGUAUGUACUGCAUGCCAGUGAGCGAAGUCCUGUUGACGGAGACAGCAAUUGUGUGACCAGGAUUUACCACUCCCAUGUUGACGCUCCAAAAGAUAUUGCAUCAGGCCUCAUAGGACCUUUAAUACUCUGCAAAAAAGAUUCUCUAGAUAAGGAAAAAGAAAAAAAUAUUGACCAAGAAUUUGUAGUAAUGUUCUCUGUGGUGGAUGAAAAUCUCAGCUGGUAUCUAGAAGAUAACAUCAAAACCUUCUGCUCUGAACCAGAGAAAGUUGACAAAGACAACGAAGACUUCCAGGAGAGCAACAGGAUGUACUCUGUGAAUGGAUAUACAUUUGGAAGCCUUCCAGGACUUCUCAUGUGUGCAGAAGACAGAGUGAAAUGGUAUCUUUUUGGCAUGGGUAACGAAAUUGAUAUACAUGCAGCUUUCUUUCACGGACAAGCACUGACCAGCAAGAACUACCGUACUGACACAAUCAACCUGUUCCCUGCCUCCCUAUUUGAUGCUUUUAUGGUGGCCAAGAAUCCUGGAGUCUGGAUGCUCAGUUGUCAGAACCUAAACCACCUGAAAGCCGGUUUGCAGGCCUUUUUCCAAGUUCAAAACUGUAACAAGCCUUCACCAAAGGCUGAUACCCAGGCGAAACAUGUGAGACACUAUUACAUUGCUGCUGAAGAGAUCAUCUGGAACUAUGCUCCUUCUGGCACAGACAUCUUCACUGGAGACAACUUAACAGCCCCGGAAAGUGAUUCGAGGGUAUUUUUUGAACAAGGUGCUAUGAGAAUUGGUGGCUCUUAUAAAAAAUUGGUUUAUCGUGAAUAUACAGAUGCCUCCUUCACAAACCGGAAACAGAGAGGCCCUGAUGAGAAACAUCUUGGAAUCCUGGGUCCUGUCAUUUGGGCAGAAGUAGGAGACAUCAUUAAAGUCACCUUUCAUAACAAAGGGCCUUACCCUCUCAGCAUUCAGCCAACGGGGGUGAGAUUCACUGUGGAAAAUGAGGGUACAUACUAUGCCCACUCCCUGAAGGGAGGUGUGCCUCAUCCUCAAGCAGCUUCUCAUGUGGCACCCAAAGAAACCUUUAUGUAUGAAUGGACUGUCCCCACAGAAAUGGGACCCACUCAUGCAGAUCCUGUGUGCUUAUCUAGGAUGUAUUAUUCUGGUGUAGACCCUACCAAAGAUAUAUUCACUGGGCUGAUUGGGCCAAUGAAAAUAUGCAAGAAAGGCAGCUUACUUGCAAAUGGGAGACAGAAAGAUGUCGACAAGGAGUUCUAUUUGUUCCCCACCGUGUUUGAUGAGAAUGAGAGUUUACUCUUGGAUGAUAAUAUCAGGAUGUUCACAACUGCACCUGAUCGUGUGGAUAAGGAAGAUAAAGACUUCCAGGAGUCCAAUAAGAUGCACUCUGUGAAUGGAUUCAUGUACGGCAAUCAGCCUGGCCUCACCAUGUGUCUAGAAGAUACCACUGUGUGGUAUUUGUUCAGUGCUGGAAAUGAGGCUGAUGUUCAUGGGAUAUACUUUUCAGGAAACACAUAUCUGUCCAAAGGAGAAAGAAGAGACACUGCAAACCUCUUCCCUCAUACAAGUCUGACCCUUCUCAUGAAGCCUGAUACAGAAGGGACUUUUGAUGUAGAGUGUCUUACAACAGAUCACUACACAGGUGGUAUGAAGCAAAAGUAUACUGUGAACCAGUGCAAGCAGCAUUCGGAGGAUCCCACGUUGUACCUGGGAGAAAGGACAUACUAUGUUGCAGCAGUGGAGGUGGAAUGGGACUAUUCUCCAAGCAGGGCCUGGGAAAAGGAGCUGCAUCAUUUGCAAGAACAAAAUGUUUCAAAUGUGUUUUUGGAUAAAGAAGAGUUUUACAUAGGUUCAAAGUACAAGAAAGCUGUGUAUCGGCAAUUUACUGACAGUACGUUCAAAGUACAGGUGAAGAGAAAAGAUGAAGAUGUGCACUUGGGCAUCCUAGGUCCACAAAUUCAUGCAGAUGUUGGAGACAAAAUUAGAAUUGUCUUUAAAAAUAUGGCAACCAGGCCAUAUUCAAUACAUGCCCAUGGGGUGAAAACAGAGAGUUCUACAGUUGUUCCAACAUUGCCAGGUGAAACUCGCACUUAUGUAUGGCAAAUCCCAGAGAGAUCAGGUGCUGGAGUAGAGGACACGCCUUGUAUUCCAUGGGCUUACUACUCAACUGUGGAUCAAGUCAAGGAUCUCUAUAGUGGACUAAUAGGCCCACUGAUUGUUUGUCGGAAGUCUUACAUGAAAGUAUUCAAUCCUAUAAAGAAAAUGGAGUUUUUCCUUUUGUUUCUAGUAUUUGAUGAGAAUGAAUCUUGGUACUUAGAUGACAACAUCAAAAUGUACUCUGACCACCCAGAGAAAGUAAACAAAGAGGAUGAGGAAUUCAUAGAAAGCAAUAAAAUGCAUGCUAUUAAUGGAAAAAUGUUUGGAAAUCUACAAGGCCUCACAAUGCAUGUGGGAGAUGAAGUCAAUUGGUAUGUGAUGGGAAUGGGCAAUGAAAUAGACUUGCACACCGUACACUUUCAUGGCCACAGCUUCCAAUACAAGCACAGGGGAACUUACAGUUCUGAUGUCUUUGACCUGUUCCCUGGAACAUAUCAAACCCUAGAGAUGUUUCCACAAACACCUGGAACCUGGUUACUCCACUGCCACGUGACUGACCAUGUUCAUGCUGGAAUGGAAACUACCUACACUGUCUUACCAAAUCAAGCAUCUUCUCAGAGUUACAGGAUGACCUGGACCAUCCACUACACAUUCAUAAUCAGCAUGAUCAUUUUAUGCCAGAUGCCUACCAAGGAGUGGCCUGGAAAAUAAGGUGUUUUCAAGUACACCCUUACCCAUUUACCUGCAAUGAGACCAGCCUCUCCGCGUAGAUGCCCCAUCUGUCAGCAGGCAGAAGCAGGAUGCCAAUUCUCCUGAAUGCAAUCAACUACAGAGCUUUGCCCCCAAAAGCUAUAUUCUAAAUCAACAAACCAUUUGGUAUCGCAUCGUAUUUAAAUGGUAUAUUAUACUGUAAUAUAUUGCAUACUUAAAAAGUUAAGAGACAUUAUAUUUACCUGCAAUUUCAAAA